AUGAGUACCAUUCGGAGAGUCCCCAAGCCAAACCCAACCCCAAACCAGCAGCAAGCCAAUUCAAAUCAUCAAACUACCUCAUCGAGCGUAAAUACAAGCGAUGGCCAACCCAGCCUCAUUACCCUGACUAUUCAACUCGGGGAAGUCUUGGGUAGAGGCGCUUUUGGGUGCGUCUUCCGAGCAUUAAAUUGGUUUACUGGUGAAACAGUAGCCGUGAAACAAGUUGGGCUCAGUAAUAUUCCUCGUUCAGAGCUACCCGAGAUCAUGUCCGAAAUUGAUUUGCUGAAGAAUUUGGAUCAUCCAAAUAUUGUGCAAUAUCGUGGUUUCGUCAAAACAUCAGAUUACCUUUACAUCAUCUUGGAAUAUUGUGAAAAUGGAUCGCUACAUACGAUUUGCAAAAAGUUUGGAAAAUUUCCAGAAUCUCUCGUGGCAGUUUACAUCUGUCAAGUUCUCGAAGGACUACUCUAUCUACACGAACAAGGUGUCAUCCAUCGGGAUAUCAAAGGUUCCAAUAUUCUAGCAACCAAGGAGGGCGGUGUCAAACUGGCUGAUUUCGGCGUGGCUACUCGCACUGGUGGAUUAUCGGAUAACGCCGUGGUGGGUUCCCCGUAUUGGAUGGCACCUGAAGUCGUCGAUCAAUCCGGCGCCACUACCGCCUCCGACAUCUGGUCUGUGGGAUGUGUAGUCAUUGAACUUCUCGAAGGUAAACCGCCUUACUACUUCUUGGACCCCAUGCCGGCCUUGUUCAGGAUCGUGAAUGACGACUGUCCUCCUUUGCCUGAAUCCGCCUCACCGAUCGCAAGAGAUUUCCUCCUACAAUGCUUUCAAAAAGACCAAAACUUGAGGAUCAGUGCCAAGAAAUUAUUGAAACAUCCUUGGAUGCUAUCCGCCAAGAAACGUCUCGAACAGAAGGAACGAGAGCAGGCUCUCGCCCAGGGCCGGCGGACGCCUGGAGGGCACUAUAAUCAGAAUGGUCGUGGAAAUUCAUCUCAUCAAGAUUCAUCUCAAGAUAACAUUUCAAAAACCGGUUAUGAUGAAACCGUUCAACGGGUUCAAGAUUGGAACAAAGCCUUAGAGAGUCCCACUGCAAUUCAUCCAAAACCUCAGCACGAGCCUGUACAUUCACCACUCCAGUCACUCGCCCAUCUCGCCACGACUUCUCCCAAUCAAAUCCCUUCUGUCACCCAUCGGCCGAAUGAAGAUCUACAGUCACUGCGUCCUAAAACCGUCAAUCGAACUCUGUUCAAUAACGUCGGUUCCAUCGGCCCAUCAAAAGUAGGACCGGUCGCCUUAAGUCAAUAUCAGGACGAGGCAACAUCUCUAAAAAAUUCCACUAUUCGUGGUCUGGCUGGGGUUAAUGUCAGCCGCCCAGCCACGAACUCUGCCCUACCUCUAUCUUCCAGUGCUCUUCCUUUGGCUGUCAUUAGCACCACCCCACCCGCACGAAAACUAGCAGAAAUGGGAAUCGAAAGUCCCCAAGGCGAUAAUUGGGAUGACGACUUCGAGGGUGGGAUAUCCACAUCGAAAAUCGCGGCCUUGGACGAAGCGCAUGCCAACAGCGGAUCUUCUGAAAGUGAAGAAGAUGACGAUGAUGAUGACAGUGACGAAUCUUCGCAGACACGUCGAUUGACUAAUCGAGAUGAUAACACUGCGACCAUCAAGCCAAGUGGGACUGGAAUCAAGCCCGCUAAUCUCUCGAAAUCCUUGCAACAAGCUUCUGGUCUGGGCGCUAUUGUUGAAGAUUAUUCAGACCUCGUAGGUGACGAUCAAAGAGACCCGUUCGAAGGUAAAGUUGCCAGUCUAAAGGUCUUAAACCAACAUCAAAAGAUUUUACAUCCGAAGGAUAUUAGUUUACCUAGUUCAACAAUCACUGAGGCCAACCAAGGCAUCAAAUCACGACUUGCGACGGUCGUUCGAUCGGAUUCUCCCGGUGGAACACAUCGCUCCGAGUCUCCCGUACCUACAUUCAAUCGAUCCCAAGGCUCUGCAACAACAACUUCCUCCUCCUCUUCAUCAUCAUCUUCUUCUGGAUUAAGUCGGGUCAACAGUGCUCUCUCUGGUCCUCCCCCUCCCCCUCAAUCCCAUCCGAUCGGCGAUCCUGCUAAUCUGAAUCGGUUCACCGAACAAGCCGGCGAAGAUUACUCGGAUCUGUUCGGCAAAACUCUUCCUCCUAAUGAGGACGAUCGGGAGUUCCCUUCGUCUUCUGAAACUUUGAAACUACAGACAAGACUUUCUAAUAUGUCUAGUAAAUCUUGGCUUGGAGAUGAAGAUAGUGAUGAAGUCGACCCGUUCGCUGAAGUUGAUGAAGAAAAUUUAACCGAAGAAGCGACGCUUGAAGCAAAUAUAGCCCGGGAUAGAUUGGCGAGAUUAUCGACUUUGGUGACCGAGAUCGUGGACCAAAUGACCCCGGAUAUCGAUGAAGUGUCUCUGAAAGAUGGUUGCAUGCAAUUGAUUGGUUUGUUUGAAGAUACGCCGGAAAUUCGGACACAUUUCGUUCGCUCUCAUGGCAUGCUCGCCGUUAUCGAACUCUUACAACAGUUCCAAAGGUCUCGGGACUUGGUUAGCUUGUUACUCAGAACCAUUAAUCUGAUAAUCAAUGAUGAUCCCGAAUCCUUAGAGAAAAUCUGCUAUAAUGGUGGUUGCCCGGUCGUCAUGGGAUUUGCAUCCAAUAAAUAUGCCCGAGAGAUCCGGUUGGAAGCGGCUUUGUUCAUCGGCUCCAUGUGUCAGACAUCGCUACUCACUUUGCAAAUGUUUAUUAGUUGUAGAGGGUUGAAAGUGUUGGUUGAAAUGAUGGAUGAGAAUUACGAUGAGCAGAAGGACUUGGUAUGGAUGGCAGUAGAUGGGAUAUGCCGGGUAUUUGAAUUACAGGGACCUACACCUCGGAACGAUUUCUGUCGGAUGUUUGCCCACGAGGGUCUGCUCGAACCGCUGUCCGAAGCCUUGCUUCAUGUUUCACAUGAUGACGAUGACCUCGCUGAAAACGCUAAAGGCCGGAUCGUUCAUAUCUUCCUUUUGUUCUCUCAAGCUGAUAUGAAAGUCAAAGAAAUCAUGUUGACCCGUGCAAUCAUCCUGCGUCUGAUUCGGUCUUUGUCGAUCUUGGAGAACGAGUUGUUGGCUACGAUGCUUAAAACUCUCAAGAAUUUGACAAUGCUUCCAGUUGGAUUACAAGUCUUACAGAAUGCGAAUGCGAUCGAGACAUUGACGAAGGUGCUCAAAGAACAAAUCGAGCGAGAUCCGGAUACCCCAUUGACGACGGAAAUUGCGAAUCAUGUGGUGAAUGCGUUGUACAAUUUAUGUCGACUGAGCAAGCCACGACAAGAAGAAGCUGCGCUUGCAGGCGCCAUUCCGAUCCUCCAACGGGUCGUCAAGAGUAGCUCUCCACUCAAACAAUUCGCUCUGCCGAUCUUGUGCGACUUCGCACAUACUAGUAAGACCUGUCGCAAGUUGUUGUGGCAGAAAGACGGAUUCGCAUUCUAUCUGGGCUUGUUGAGGGAUCCUUUUUGGGGUAUCACUGCGUUGGAGUCUAUCUUGGCUUGGCUUUCUGAUGAAACUGCUCGUGUGGAGGAUGCUCUCACUGAGCCGUCUUCAAUCGAAGCUCUCCUGCGGAUGUUCACCAAGGCUAAGGCAACGACGUUUGAAAAUCUACUUGAUCCCCUAUUGAAAUUAUUCCGAAUUUCACCAGCGGUUGGAACGUCAUUGAUCAGUCAACCGGCGUUUGCACGGCGGUUGGUUGACCGCUUACUAGGACACAACAAGGCGGUUGUCCGGUUGAAUCUGUUACGACUGACGAAGGCCGUGUUCGAGACGGCGGUGGAGAAGAGUUCAGUGGUGAGGAUGUCAGGGCUAGCGGCGGCGAUCAACAAGAUGGCCGACUCGGAGUCGGCGAUCCUGGUGCGAGAGUUAGCCAAGGAACUGAACCGCGAGUUCUGCACGAUCAGCAGUAGUCCGUCCAACUCCACCAAGGGCAUCAAGAAGCCCGUCCGCCAGACCACCCCUCAUGCCGGCCCUCGUGCCUCCGCCCCCAACACUCUGAGCCUUCCCUCCGAUGACCAUCCCAAUCCUCCUCCUCCUCACAGAAAAAGUGGCUCUACUAACGAGCACGCAGGUAAUAGACUCUCCAGUGCUCGCUCGCUGUCUAGGGACACUCUCAACCAAAUGGCCCGCUCAUCCUCUUCUUCUUCCUCGGCCUCGUGUCCUGCCGAAACCCACACUUCAUCAUCAUCCUCUCCAUCCACCACUACUGCUCUCCCAAUCAACAUCAACUCUCAUUCCUCGGUUCAUUCUAAUCCUAAUAAUACUAGUAAUGGUCAUGGGAAUGGUAGUCCGAAUCAGAACGGUCACGCCGCUGGACCCCGGUUCUCGCUCGAUCGCGUCCUCGCUUCUCGGCCUUCUUUCAUGCUCAAUUCUUCGCGUCGAUCUUCCAAUACUCCUCCUCCCUCUUAAUCUCUCUUCCUCUUUCAUUUACUCUUUCUCUUUUUUUUUUGGAUGUAUCUUUUUGAUUUUUUUCUAUCAAUUCAAUUGUAUUACAACUACACUAACUAACUAUCCAAAGAAUACGUAAAUGGGUUGUGAAGACUUAAGACAUUCUCUUUUUGUUUGUUUUUAUUAUCCUGUCUUUUUUUUUUCUUCUUCUCUUUUGUACUCUCACAUUAACAUACACAUACACAUUAACAUACACAUACAGCACUGCCUUUUCUGUGUCUCAUAUGACCUUUUUUUGGCUUGGUCAAAUUUUA